AUGUCCCCCAGCCCCAGGGCGACGGCUACCAUAAUCCGGCACAUCCACCUCCCCUCCAUAACGCCAUUCCACCUUGCGGAAACCCUGCAAUCGCAUCUCUCUUCCCAAAUCCUAACCUACAAGAAGGCCCUCUCCUCCCCUUCUCCAUCCUCCUCCCCGCCUCCCGCACCGGUCCCCACGAUCCUGACAUUCGUUCCCACGCCCGUCUUCACCACCGGCCGCCGCGAACACGCAGCCCUGUCUGCAGAUCAACUGCGAAUCCUGCAAGCGCCGCUCACGCCGUCCCGGAGCACCAGCGUGAACCAACGCCGCAAUCCUGAGUGGGCGAGCGUGGUGCCCACGUUGAGAGGGGGACAGACGACCUUCCACGGGCCGGGCCAGCUGGUCAUCUACCCCAUUCUGGAUCUCAAGCCCUCUCCCGUCCCGUCUCCCGCAGCAGAUGGUGGUGCAGGUACACCGGCGUACGGCCGCUGGCCGAAGGGCGUGAGUGCGAGGUGCUACGUGAAUCUCCUAGAGCAGGCGACGAUCAACACGCUGGGACACUGGUCGCUGAAGGGCGUGCGGACGGAGAACCCGGGCGUGUGGGAGGAAGGCGGGGAGAGGAAGAUUGCUGCGCUGGGGGUGCAUCUCAGACGGAACGUCACCAGCUACGGUGUGGGCUUGAAUAUCGCUACGGAUCUCGCGUGGUUCGACCGCAUCGUUGCGUGCGGCCUUGUGGGGAAGGGCGUGGUCAGUAUGCGGGAGCUGGGCGAGGAGACGGGCGCGUGGGAGGCGAGUGGCGCUGGCAGGGUCGUGAAGGCGGAUGAUGGGGGAGAGGCGAUGAUGGAGCUUGACGAGGGGAUCGAGGGGAAAGAUGGGAUCAGGAGGAAGUGGUUGGAUACGUUGCAGCCGAAGAGCGGAAUUCAGCUGAGAGCCCGUCUGAAGCCGGGCAUCGUGGGGAAGACCUGGGCCCGGGAAUUUGCGAGGGGUCUGCUGGGCAAGGAUGGCGAGGAGAAGGUCGAGAGAGUGGGCAUUGAAGACCUAGGCUUGGACGAUGAGUUCUUGACGAGGUAUACGAUCGAGACGGAGCCUUGGAGGGCGGCUUGGGAGGAUGAUUGGUGA